GCAGAGCUGGGAAGUGAUUUGGGGUAUGAAUUGCUUAUUAAACUUCAGUUCCACUGCAUCAAAGGAAGGUCAGCCAGAAUUCUCCUAGGGUGCGUGUAUGCUGUUGGAAAGCUGUUUUGAGUAGCAUGGUUUCAAAACAGGAGCCCCAGGCAACUGUUGUAUUACACCCUCUCAACAAUGAAUGGGAGACGCUCUCUGCACCGAAAUCCACCACCUCCAGUCCAUCAAGAUGAACAAAAUAAUGAUGAUGACACCAGUGAGAUACCUGGAUCAGGAGGGUCGCAGUCAAACAGCUGGUAUUUGCAUAAUUCUGUGGGAAACAGGUCUACGAUUUCUAUCACCUCAUCUAGCCCAAUGACAUCAAGCACUGAAGAAGGACAAGAAAAUGGCAAUCAACUAGUCAGAGGGACAUUGAUGUUUAACAGAGAAAUCGUUAACAGAGAAUCCAGCUCUACCUUGUCAUUAGGCUGUACAGAAGAGCAUCCUCGAACGAAUGUGCAAAGAAAAAUAUGCAGCAUUCCUUGCUUCAUAGCAGUGCCUAUUAUGUGCCUCCCAGUGUACUUUUCAAGAGCCUUUCUCUAUGCAAAAGAUCAUAUCAGUAUGGAGAAGUUCACAAAGUUCAUUUUACUAGUAACAGCGAUAACUUGUGUUGCAGUUUACUACUUAUGUGUAUGCAAGAGAUCAUUUGAUGAGCUUUCAUCACAGGAACUCACAAAGCUGUAUCAAAAGGAGCUGAAAUUAAUGUGGCAGUCACACAUAUCAUUAGAAGAACGAACCCGUGAUAUAGAAGCCCUUAAAAUGGAGAUGGAUCACCUGCGUGAUCAGUUCACUGGUGUCAACAAGAGCCUUCUGCAUUCUGUAAAGCAAGUUCUAGAAGAGAGUGACAUCCCAGGAGAGGAUAAAGAACAAGUGCUCAAAAUGAUCAAUUCAGCUAUUAAGAAGAUCUAUGAGGAUCAUGUACAAAUGUCUGAUUGGGCUCAAAAAAGCAUAGGAGCCACCAUUGAUAAAAAAAGAACAUCUAAGACUUAUGAGCAUGAAAGCACACUGUGGAGUUGCUGGCUUAUACCAUGCUUUGUCAUCUCUUCGGCAUACCCACCUGAGACUGUUUUGGAGCCAGCUGUUUCUCCUGGAAACUGCUGGGCUUUUGAAGGAUCUGAAGGCCAAGUGGUCAUUAAACUGCCUGAAAAAAUCCAUCCAAUGGCAGUUACAGUUCAACACAUCUCCAAAGCCAUCGCUGUUAAUGGAAAUGUCAUGAGUGCCCCGAAGAGUUUCAUGAUCUCUGGCCUGGAUGAUAAAACAGGUGAAGAAACUGUGCUGGGAACAUUCAUGUAUGACAUUAACGAAGACAGCAUUCAGACAUUCCAACUCAAGAAGCAACAUUCAAAAAACUUUCUGUAUAUAAAGUUCAAGAUACAGAGCAACUGGGGCAACCCAGUGUUCACCUGCAUCUAUCGACUCAGGGUGCAUGGCAAGAUGAUCGACCUCUUGGGCUCUCUGAAAGAAGGCAGCAGUGAAACUCUUUUCAGAUGAAUAAAGGAAGCUGCAACACCAGCACCAUCCUCCUGAGCAAUCUCCAAAGAGUCUCCAAAGCUUGUUCUGAUUUUUCCUAAGGGAGGGACACAUACAGACGAAGGGGAGGAAUGCUCCUCAUGCCAAAUCUUUUCAGGCUGGACAGAUUUUGAUUCCGUGACCUGUGUCUGUCUAUGACAUAGAUAAUGGCAGGUGACAUUUCAGUUCAAUUAAUGCCAAGUCAGGAUAGAGCCCCCAUGAUCUUAGUCGCAAACAUGUCUUUGACAGCCCAAUCCUUUGUGAUUUUUUUUUUUAAAAGUAGAUAAUUGCCCAAUAAAGAUUUCUGUCUGGAGG